AAAGGACUAUGUUGUAAAAGGAUAAGAAUGAAAAGACCUCUUUUAGUUAAAAAAAUUAUUUAAAAUCAUUUUUUAUUUAAGAAAAAUUUUUACAGCAGAAAAUGGUAAUGUUUACAGAAACAUAAGGAAAGUGGUCAUGGAAACUUCUGCAGAUUAAGAUGUGACAGACAUGUUUUCCAUGUUUUUAAAUUUUGAAUUUAAAAAAGGUCCAAAACAGAACUUAAUUUUUUUUUUAAUUUCAACAAAGCAAUCACUGAUACUGGGAGAUAUUUGGACAUUUACAAUGUUUCAAGCCUUUGUAAAGUCAACCACUCCUGCAUAUCAAACACUACCUAGUCACCUUCCAGCAGAAACAGAGGGGAAGUUUAAGGGCACUUUGGUGCAUGAAGCUCAACUCAACUGUUUCUACAUCUCACAUGAAGGUUCCAACUAUGGGAGCCCUCGCCCAGCUCAUGCCAACAUGAAUGCCAAUGCCGCGGCAGGGCUUGCUCCUGAGCACAUCCCCACCCCAGGAGCCGCCCUUUCAUGGCAGGCGGCCAUUGAUGCUGCCCGGCAAGCCAAGCUGAUGGGCAGUGCUGGCAAUGCUACCAUCUCCACUGCCAGUUCUACUCAGAGGAAACGGCAGCAGUAUGGGAAGCAGAAGAAGCAAGGGAGCACAACAGCCACUCGCCCACCCCGUGCAUUGCUGUGCCUGACCCUGAAAAAUCCCAUCCGGAGAGCAUGCAUAAGCAUUGUUGAAUGGAAACCAUUUGAAAUCAUUAUUUUACUGACUAUUUUUGCCAAUUGUGUGGCCUUAGCGAUCUAUAUUCCCUUUCCAGAAGAUGAUUCAAAUGCCACCAAUUCCAACCUGGAACGAGUGGAAUAUCUCUUUCUCAUCAUUUUUACAGUGGAAGCAUUUUUAAAAGUAAUAGCUUAUGGACUUCUCUUUCACCCCAAUGCUUACCUCCGAAAUGGUUGGAAUUUACUAGAUUUUAUAAUUGUGGUAGUAGGGCUGUUUAGUGCAAUUUUAGAACAAGCAACCAAAGCAGAUGGGGCAAACGCAUUAGGAGGAAAAGGGGCUGGAUUUGAUGUAAAGGCCCUGAGGGCUUUCCGAGUGCUGCGCCCCUUACGGCUAGUAUCUGGAGUGCCAAGUCUACAAGUGGUUUUAAAUUCCAUCAUCAAGGCCAUGGUCCCGCUGCUGCACAUUGCCCUGCUUGUGCUAUUUGUCAUAAUCAUCUAUGCCAUCAUUGGACUGGAGCUCUUCAUGGGGAAGAUGCACAAGACUUGCUACAACCAGGAGGGUUUAACAGAUGCCCCAGUAGAAGAUGACCCUUCUCCUUGUGCCCUUGACACGGGACAUGGACGGCAGUGCCAGAAUGGCACCAUAUGUAAAGCAGGGUGGGAUGGACCCAAACACGGCAUCACCAACUUUGACAAUUUUGCCUUCGCCAUGUUAACUGUGUUCCAGUGCAUUACAAUGGAGGGUUGGACAGAUGUGCUGUACUGGAUGCAAGACGCAAUGGGCUAUGAGUUACCUUGGGUGUAUUUUGUCAGUCUGGUCAUCUUUGGAUCCUUUUUCGUUCUAAAUCUGGUUCUCGGUGUAUUGAGCGGAGAGUUUUCCAAAGAGAGAGAGAAGGCAAAGGCUCGAGGAGACUUCCAGAAGCUGCGAGAGAAGCAGCAGCUGGAGGAGGACCUCAAAGGCUACCUGGACUGGAUCACUCAAGCUGAAGAUAUUGACCCUGAGAAUGAAGAUGAAGGCAUGGAUGAGGAGAAACCCCGAAAUAUGAGCAUGCCCACAAGCGAGACAGAGUCCGUCAACACUGAAAACGUGGCUGGAGGCGACAUCGAGGGAGAGAACUGUGGGGCAAGGCUGGCGCACCGAAUCUCCAAAUCAAAAUUCAGCCGCUACUGGCGCCGGUGGAACCGGUUCUGCAGAAGGAAGUGCCGGGCCGCUGUCAAAUCCAAUGUUUUCUACUGGCUUGUUAUUUUCCUUGUGUUCCUCAACACCCUUACCAUCGCCUCAGAGCACUACAACCAGCCCCACUGGCUCACAGAAGUCCAAGACACUGCCAACAAGGCCCUGCUGGCUCUUUUCACUGCAGAGAUGCUGUUGAAGAUGUACAGCCUUGGCCUCCAGGCCUAUUUUGUGUCUCUGUUCAACCGCUUUGACUGCUUCAUCGUGUGUGGCGGAAUCCUGGAGACCAUCCUGGUAGAGACCAAGAUCAUGUCCCCCCUGGGGAUCUCAGUGUUGAGAUGUGUCCGGCUGCUGAGGAUAUUCAAAAUCACAAGGUAUUGGAACUCCUUGAGCAACCUGGUAGCGUCAUUACUGAAUUCAGUGCGAUCAAUCGCCUCGCUCCUGCUACUCCUUUUUCUCUUCAUCAUCAUCUUCUCUCUCCUGGGGAUGCAGCUCUUUGGUGGAAAGUUCAACUUUGACGAGAUGCAGACCCGGAGGAGCACAUUUGAUAAUUUCCCCCAGUCUCUUCUCACUGUGUUUCAGAUCCUGACCGGGGAGGACUGGAAUUCGGUGAUGUAUGAUGGGAUCAUGGCUUAUGGAGGGCCCUCUUUUCCAGGGAUGUUAGUCUGUAUUUAUUUCAUCAUCCUUUUCAUCUGUGGAAACUACAUCUUACUGAAUGUAUUCUUGGCCAUUGCUGUGGACAAUCUGGCCGAUGCCGAGAGCCUCACGUCUGCCCAGAAAGAAGAGGAGGAGGAAAAAGAGAGGAAGAAGCUAGCCAGGACUGCCAGCCCUGAGAAGAAGCAAGAGGUGGACAAACCAGCUGUGGAAGAGACCAAAGAGGAGAAAAUUGAGCUAAAGUCAAUUACUGCUGAUGGGGAGUCUCCGCCCACCACCAAGAUCAACGUGGAUGACCUCCAACCCAAUGAAAAUGAGGAGAAAGGUUCCUAUCCCAACCCAGAAGCUGGAGGAGAAGAAGAGGAGGAGGAGCCUGAGAUGCCUGUGGGCCCCCGCCCUCGCCCACUCUCUGAGUUGCACCUCAAGGAGAAGGCAGUACCCAUGCCAGAAGCCAGUGCAUUCUUCAUCUUUGGCCAUAACAACAGGUUCCGUCUUCAGUGUCACCGCAUUGUCAACAACAAUGUCUUUACCAAUCUGAUCCUUUUCUUCAUUCUGCUCAGCAGCAUCUCCCUGGCUGCUGAGGACCCGGUCCGACACAACUCCUUUCGGAACCAAAUUCUGUUUUAUUUUGAUAUAGUUUUUACUACCAUUUUCACCAUUGAAAUUGCUCUGAAGAUCCUAGGCAAUGCAGACUAUGUCUUCACUAGUAUCUUUACCUUAGAAAUUAUCCUUAAGAUGACCGCCUAUGGGGCUUUCCUCCACAAGGGCUCUUUCUGCAGGAACUACUUCAACAUCUUGGACCUCCUCGUGGUCAGCGUGUCCUUGAUCUCCUUCGGUAUCCAGUCCAGUGCCAUCAAUGUUGUCAAGAUCUUGAGAGUUCUUAGAGUACUCAGACCCCUGAGAGCUAUCAACAGGGCCAAGGGACUAAAGCAUGUGGUCCAGUGUGUGUUUGUUGCUAUCCGAACCAUAGGGAACAUUGUGAUUGUCACCACGCUUCUGCAGUUCAUGUUUGCCUGCAUUGGGGUACAGCUUUUCAAGGGCAAACUCUACACCUGUACAGACAGUUCCAAACAGACUGAGGCAGAAUGCAAGGGCAACUAUAUCACAUACAAAGAUGGUGAAGUGGAUCAUCCCAUCAUUCAGCCUCGAAGUUGGGAGAAUAGCAAAUUUGACUUUGACAAUGUCCUGACAGCCAUGAUGGCCCUCUUCACUGUCUCCACCUUUGAAGGAUGGCCAGAGCUUCUAUACCGAUCCAUCGACUCACACACUGAAGAUAAGGGACCCAUCUACAACUACCGAGUAGAGAUCUCCAUCUUCUUCAUCAUCUACAUCAUCAUCAUCGCCUUCUUUAUGAUGAACAUCUUUGUGGGUUUCGUCAUUGUCACCUUCCAGGAGCAGGGGGAACAGGAGUACAAGAACUGUGAACUGGACAAGAACCAGCGACAGUGUGUAGAGUAUGCUCUCAAGGCUCGGCCCUUGAGAAGGUACAUCCCCAAGAACCAACACCAGUACAAAGUGUGGUAUGUGGUUAAUUCCACCUAUUUUGAGUACUUGAUGUUCGUCCUCAUCCUUCUCAACACCAUCUGCUUGGCCAUGCAGCACUACGGUCAGAGCUGUCUUUUCAAAAUCGCCAUGAACAUUCUCAACAUGCUCUUCACUGGCCUCUUCACCGUCGAGAUGAUCCUGAAGCUCAUUGCAUUCAAACCCAAGGGUUACUUUAGUGAUCCUUGGAAUGUUUUUGACUUCCUGAUCGUAAUUGGCAGCAUUAUUGACGUCAUUCUCAGUGAGACUAAUCACUAUUUCUGUGAUGCAUGGAAUACAUUUGACGCCUUGAUUGUUGUGGGUAGCAUUGUUGAUAUAGCAAUCACCGAGGUAAACCCAGCUGAACAUACCCAAUGCUCUCCCUCUAUGAAUGCAGAGGAGAACUCCCGGAUCUCCAUCACCUUCUUCCGGCUCUUCCGGGUCAUGCGUCUUGUCAAAUUGCUGAGCCGUGGGGAAGGCAUCCGGACCCUGCUCUGGACUUUCAUCAAAUCUUUCCAGGCUCUACCCUAUGUGGCUCUUCUGAUAGUGAUGUUGUUCUUCAUCUAUGCUGUCAUUGGAAUGCAGGUGUUUGGCAAAAUUGCCCUGAAUGACACCACAGAAAUCAAUCGAAACAACAACUUUCAAACCUUCCCUCAAGCUGUGCUGCUGCUCUUCAGGUGUGCCACAGGGGAGGCAUGGCAAGAUAUCAUGCUAGCCUGUCUGCCGGGAAAGAAGUGUGCCCCUGAGUCGGAAUCUAGUAACAGUACUGAAUCAGAAACGCUCUGUGGUAGCAGCUUUGCUGUCUUCUACUUUAUCAGUUUCUACAUGCUCUGUGCCUUCCUGAUCAUCAACCUCUUUGUAGCUGUCAUCAUGGACAACUUCGACUACCUGACAAGAGACUGGUCCAUCUUAGGUCCCCAUCACUUGGAUGAAUUCAAAAGGAUCUGGGCAGAAUAUGACCCUGAGGCCAAGGGUCGUAUCAAACACCUGGAUGUCGUGACUUUACUCCGGAGGAUCCAACCCCCCCUAGGGUUUGGAAAGCUGUGCCCUCAUCGAGUAGCAUGCAAACGUCUGGUGUCCAUGAACAUGCCUCUGAACAGUGAUGGGACUGUUAUGUUCAAUGCUACAUUGUUUGCCCUGGUCAGAACAGCCUUGAGGAUCAAAACAGAAGGGAACCUGGAACAAGCCAAUGAAGAGUUGCGAGCAAUUAUCAAAAAGAUCUGGAAACGGACUAGCAUGAAGCUCCUAGACCAAGUGGUUCCCCCGGCUGGUGAUGAUGAAGUGACUGUUGGGAAGUUCUACGCCACCUUCCUGAUCCAAGAGUAUUUCCGAAAAUUUAAGAAGCGCAAAGAGCAAGGCCUAGUGGGCAAGCCCUCCCAAAGGAAUGCACUGUCUCUACAGGCUGGUCUUCGUACACUGCAUGACAUCGGACCAGAGAUUCGCCGGGCCAUCUCUGGGGACCUGACAGCUGAGGAGGAAUUGGACAAGGCUAUGAAGGAAGCUGUUUCUGCUGCCUCUGAAGAUGACAUCUUUAGGAGGGCCGGUGGCCUGUUUGGCAAUCAUGUCAGCUACUACCAAAGCGAUGGUCGAAGCUCCUUCCCCCAGACCUUCACCACCCAGCGCCCACUGCAUAUCAACAAGGCGGGUAACAGCCAAGGCGACACGGAGUCACCAUCCCAUGAGAAACUAGUGGACUCCACAUUCACUCCCAGCAGCUACUCAUCCUCUGGUUCCAAUGCCAACAUCAACAACGCCAACAACACUGCCCUGGGCCGCUUCCCCUGUCCCACCGGUUACCCCAGUACGGUCAGCACAGUGGAGGGCCAUGGGACCCCCUUGUCCCCUGCCAUCCGGGUGCACGAGACAGCAUGGAAGCUCAGCUCCAGGAGAUACCACUGCCGGGACAGCCGGAUAGCCAUGGUGUGCCCCGAGGAGGCAGCCCCCAACAAGAGCUAUGAAGGGAAUGUGAAUGAGGACACAGAAUAUUGCAGCGAGCCCAGCCUGAUCUCCACCGAGAUGUUAUCCUACCAAGAUGAUGAGAACAGACAGCUGACACCACCAGAAGAUAAGACCAGGCAGUCUAUGAAGAGAGGAUUCCUCCACUCUUCCUCACUAGGUCGAAGAGCUUCCUUCCAUUUGGAGUGUCUAAAGAGACAAAAGAACCAAGGGGGAGACAUCUCUCAGAAGACAGUGCUGCCCUUGCAUCUGGUUCAUCACCAGGCAUUGGCAGUGACAGGCCUCAGCCCUCUCCUUCAGAGAAGCCAUUCUCCAAACACCACAUUCCCCAGGCCAAGUGCCACCCCCCCAGCAACUCCUCAUGGCCAAGCCUGGCCCCUCCAGCCCAUCCCUACACUGUGGCUAGAAGGAGCAGAGUCCAAUGAGAAGCUCAACAGCAGCUUCCCAUCAAUCCACUGCAGCUCCUGGUAUGCAGAGAAUGCCAACUGUGGAGACAGCAGGGGCAGCACCUCCCGGAGAGCCCGGCCAGUCUCCCUCACUGUGCCCAGCCAGUCUGGGGCAGCUGGCAGACAAUUCCACGGCAGCGCAAGUAGUUUAGUUGAAGCGGUCUUGAUUUCAGAAGGACUGGGACAGUUUGCUCAAGAUCCCAAGUUCAUCGAAGUCACAACCCAAGAACUUGCUGAUGCCUGUGAUAUGACAAUUGAGGAAAUGGAGAAUGCCGCUGACAAUAUCCUCAGUGGUAGCAGCAAGCAGAGCCCCAAUGGCAACCUAUUACCUUUUAUUAACUGCAGGGACCCGGGGCAGGACCAAGCAGGUGGUGAGGAGGAAGAGGGAGUGCCCAACCCCGAAUGUCGAAAGAGCGAGGAGGAGCUUCAGGACAGCAGGCUUUAUAUCAGCAGCCUGUAGUUGCUGGGGCUGUUGUGAUUCGGGGUUUUUUUUUAAUUUGUUUCAAUGUUCCUAAUAGGUUCGUUUCAGAAGUGCCUCACUGUUCUCGUGACCUGGAGUUAACCGGAACAGCGUUCUUCAUUCAUUUCUGUUGGGAUGAGAGACAGAGUUGGGUGGUGAUGAGAGAGAGCUUUUCAGGGGAAGGAGAAGCAACAACCCCAGUCCACAGGUGUAGAGUGGUGAGGAGAUGGAAGAAUAAGGGAGGGAGGAGGAAGAGAACAGGGACCUGCCCCCUCCUUACUUCAGGCCCUAUACCAGAAAGUGACAGCUGCCUACUGUGCAAGAAGGAUAGUAUCAGUUUCCAGUGGGCCACCCUCACCAAAAGGACCCUGCAUCAAAUGGGUGUCUUUCAACUUCGCUUGUAAAAAAAAUCAUUUUUGCACAUAUUCUGUAUGAGCCUCACUGUCUCCAUAGAGCCAGGGAACUAUGGAUUUGGAAAAGGAAAUGGCGGCAUGACUUCUGCUGAAGAUCCCAGCACUUUGCCAAAGGGGGAGGAAGAAGAGGAAGAAAGAUGGCAGGAGAAGAUUUUAGGAAAGGGAGCAGGGGGAUGGCAGGGGGAGUGCAUAGAGGUCCACUGCAGCUACAAGCCAAGAUUCCCAGGUGAUUGGGCGGGCAGCUCUGGCCAUGCCCACCCCUUUAGGUUGGGGUCACAUUGCCUGCACAAGACACAUAAAGCUCCGCGCUAGCAGUGGUGCUGAGAAGUCAAGGUUUAUAGGGGGUUGGCACUGCCCACCAAUGUAGCUCACCUUACAAAGUAAGGUGGCACAGGGCUUCUACAGAGUGCUCAUUUGUUUUUGCCGUUUUGAUAUUUUUCUUGGCAGCAUGUUCCAGUUUCCAUUUUUAAUUUUGAUUUCUGAGGGUUCAGGGAGGAGGGAGAGUGUUUACGGGGCUUUUAAGCCACCCACCUUAUCAUUUUCACUUUGGCAAAUGUAAAUCAGGUUUGGUUUCAUUGUAUUAUUUAAACAGUUGUGUUCUUGUUUAUUUUUGGUGAUGUUGGGAGGAGGGGUUCUUUUUCCCCAUUGGAGAGUCAUUAGAAACUGUUAUAGGAGAGGUUUACCAACAUUUGUGUAUGCCCAAGACUUUAUUAUUUUUUUUCUUUGGUAGUAUCAGAAACCUGGGGGUGGGGGUAGGGUGUUUUGUUCUAUAAUUUAAAGAUGGUAGGCAGUGCACUCAAUGUAAUCUUGCACAUGUGAGUGCUUGAGUUGGGUUCAUUUUCAAUUGGAUGUGUUCAUGGAUGCAGAGAUAGAGGUAUGUAUGUGUGUAUGUUGAUGUGCCUAAUUGGUUGAGUUGGGUGAUACUGCAUGGGUGUGUAUGUGUAUGUAUGCGUGCAUGCAUGUGCAGUUCUCCACUCUUUGGUUUAGCCCUAUGGGGAGAUCUGAUUCUGGGGCCAUUUGAAUGCAAAAACAAACCACUGUCUCUGUUUCUGAAAGGGAAAUCAGUAACUCUCUGCAUUUUCUGUUCCACAAGAUAUGCAAAAACAAUGCAAUAAUAUUAAUUUUAACUACAGUUGUGAGUCAUGUUGGCAUUAAAACUGUAUAGAGAUGAAAAACGACAAUAAUUUAAGGGGGGAAAAACAACCCAAGAAGGAGUUUUGCUUCGAUAUAUAUUCCAUGUGAUGUUUUAUUGCAUUGAUAAUGUUUCUGUUGAAGAAACCGUAAUACUUGAAUUCAGGUCAGUUUCAGUAUUUUUCAAAUAUUUUUUUAAAACUGAAUUGCAAUUGUGCCAAGCAAAUAUAAUGAAUUGAAUUAAGUUUGUUUUCGAAUUCACUUCUUGUAUAUUUGGCUGCAUGUAAAGUAAACCAUUUUGUAUUUGGAGCGUGAUAAGCUUUCCCUGUGGACUCUUUAAAUGCUUUUUUUGCGUAACUGGGGAAGGGGAAAGACUUUUUUUUUUACAUGUACAAUAAGCAAAAAGCAUUACUGGAGUAAGUAACUAUUCUGCGGUUCUCAGCUGGAUGGAUUGGAGAUGACUGAUUUUGCAUAUCUUGUGCUCCCUCUUCCCUUUCUCCCUCAAGAAUGGUAGAGCUGGAUAGCUCAGUGCAGAACUUUGAUUGCAGAAACCAGGAUCUUUUUCUUCCCAUCUUAACAUUAUCUGCUUGUAUCCUCUCAAUUGAUGCUUUUCCUCUAAGAUAGGCCAUAUCCUUCAUGGUUGAGGAAGUCUAUUUGCCAUAAAGCCUGGCUUUCAAUUCCACGAUAGCUGAAUUAACAUCAGUACCAUUCCCCCACCUCAUUCAAGGAUGUGGCUAAUGUUUCUUUUAAUUCUCUCAGCAGAAACUUUGCCUACCAGUUUCCUGGGAAAAUUAUAUUAGAGAAUGAGAGAUAAGAAUGCCAGGGAGUAGUUACCUCGUGCAGUCACUCUGAGAUCUUCCUCCUCUCAAGAACUUAUGGUAAUGCCUUGAGCAAGGUCUGGACUGUUGUCAUUGCCUCCAUCCUGAAGACUAAAUUACUCUAUCUCCCCUCACAUUCCAUACCAGAGAAUUAUCCUGGACUAAUUCAUACCAUCAGGGAGUAACAAGAAGGACCUAUGGAGUCGGAGCAGUCAGAGUUUAGAAUGUCUUUGGAAGAAGGGACUGUAUGCGUGCAUUUUGUUCUAUGCCCUUUGACAUCUUCCUGAAAUGCACAUACUUUUAUCUUCACAUGUUUCCCAACAGUUUUGCCAGGUAGUAGGAAAGGGGCCAAAUUAGGGAUUAUGAAGCUUGAUUCUUGAAUCUUUUCCAGUCACCAGUUUUCUUCCAGUCACCAGUCCUUCCUAUAUGAACAAAGUGGGCCAGAAGUUGAAAUUUGGAAAAGUUUGUUCCAUGGAGAGGAUGAGUCUUCCUACCAUGUAGGACUCAAAAAGGAUCUUAAAAGAACUAAAAGAAUCAUUUCCUGAGGAAGACAUCCUGCUAGACAAAAAUCUUCAGCUCAGUUUUCAAUCCAAAGUGAAUUGGAAAAUGAGCUGAAAGUAUGAGUUCUUCUUCAGACUCAUCUUAUUUGAGCUUUCUGGUUUGUUUUUUAAUUGACACACAGGUCUUUUGAGAUAUCCCAUGGACACUAACCCGGAGUAGCUUUUAUUGGGAUCUCUGUUCUGAUCAGAAGAGGAACUCAUUAGGGCUUGAUGUACUUUCCAUACAAUUGGUCCCUGUAUAAAAAAAAUGGAAAUCUUAUAAUAUUAUGCUUAUCCUUUCAUGCUGUUUACUAAUUUUCUUCUUCUGCAUUUCUCAGCCACGUAACUAACUCAUAAUAUAUUGUACCAUGAGACUAUUAGGUUAAUGCUCAUGUCAAAUUAUCCUGUCCACACUCCCAAGUCUUCCCUAGAGAAAAUAUUUUCAAGAAAACCAUAGUAACUGAGGUCUGUACCCUACAGUGAUAAUAAUGAUGCCCUGCCAAAUGCUUAAACUGCCCUAAUGUUCAGGAAGUUCUCCCUUUCUAGAUCAAUGGGUCUUUAACCUGAUUCCGUGGUCUGCCAAUUUUAUACCAAUCAUGCUGGUUUGGUAAAAUCUGCAUACAUCCAAGAAGAAAACCAGAAUAUUUCAUUCUUCCCAUGGUAGAAUAGAAACCCUACUUGGAUCCCAGGGACCAGAUAUAACCUUGCAGGGUACAUUCACCAGCCUUUUGCCCAUUCAUCUGGGAUGACAAAAGCAAGGCAGCCAAUGGUUGAAGAUGCUAAGAGCUUAAAGAAGUAUAGAGUAAGCUGGUUCAGGAACCAUAUGUUACAUUUUUACUUGCCCACUGUCUGAUAUCUUUCAGAAGCAGCCUAUUUUCUUUCUAGACAGCAAAAGGAAAGAUCCUUUUGCCACAUUAUGAAUAAUAGUCUUUUAGCUAAGUGUUUCUACAAGAUUUCUUUGGACUAAAAGCAAAAAUGAAACUCAUUGUUAUAAUUUGAGCUUCAUUCACGAAUAUUUCCAUAACUUGACAUUUGUCCUUACUGCCAUACAUCCAGCUCUGUCAAAAUAGUGAACAUUCAUUCUUUUCAGGGAAUCAGGGUCCUUGUGAUUCAACUGAGGAGCUUAUCUAUCAGGAUUCUGUCUUUUCUCUCUUCUCUUCACCUAUUCCCCAUUUCAUCAGAUGCUUAGGUUUCAAAUUUCAGGUUCUUCUCUGCAAUGUUGCUGCCAUCCCAUCACCUUAUGAGAGCCAUCCAUUUCCCAGAAGUCCCCUAAAGUGAGACUAUGAGGACAGGAAAAAAAAUCCAUCUCUUUCUGUAAAUCCUUUGUGAAAAAUGAAGAGCACACCAUUCCUUCCUUCAAUCAGUCAGCAAACAUUUAUUAAUCACCUAUCAUGUGAAGAGCAUUGUAGGAGUGAUAGAGUUUAAAUAAGUCAUGGUGUCUGCCUUCAUGGAUCUUACAGUUUUAAAAGUCUAAGGGUUGUUUUUAAAGAGACUAGUGGCUAAAUAUUGUCCAUCACCAGAAAGGACAGGACAAGAAAAAAUGAACAGAUUAGAUUUAGCUUAGACUUAAGGCAGAGUUGGCUGGUAGGCAGAAGUUCAAUCGUAUAAUAGCAUCCGGCAGUUAAUCAGAAGUGACAGUAUCUCCAUUCCUGGAAUUAUGGAGAAGAGAGAUCAAUGUUAUCCUAGACCCAGAGGUUCUUCUUAAGUCAAAGAUUCUGUAACUACAGUUCCAAAGAAAACCAUUAGAGUUACAAAUAGAAUUUUCAGAGGCUAUCUGGUCCAAUCCCAUUCUUUAAGGAAAUUGUUUCUACUUAAGAGAUUUAACACACCCAUAGCACUGAGCCUGAACAAAGAGCUCCUACCUCCUUCAGGAAGGAGAAAAGGUGAAAGGGAAGGCCAUGGUUCUCCAGCUUUCUCAGUACAGAAACCACUAUUAUGGACUUCUCUCCUUGGGAGAGAAAAGAACUAAAAAAUUAUUUCCUUCUUGACUUGUGCUUUCAUCCCCUCAGUGAGAUCAUGCAAUUUAGUAGGAAAUGUACACAUUUAUAUUGGUGCCAUUAUAAUCUCUUCUGUCCCUGGGCUGUCCUCUUCUUGAUAUUUCUAAAGCACCUCCCAGUCCCUCACAUCAGAUGUAUUUCUUUCUUCUUCCCCAUCAGGAAUGGCAAGUGGGAAAAGAGCUUGAAUUUAUAGGAUUUCCUGACACCUCAGAUUUGGUUGUCCAAUAGUUGCCCUUUUAGUGGGAUAUGGGGUAAAGGCAACAUUCUGUUAUGACCAAGAGUUAAAUUUCUUUCUCCCUCCCCUAAUCUGCUCUCAUUUUCUUCCCUAUCCCCUUUUCCCAAUCCUCACACAUACUAUGGACAGAGAGAGAUAAAAGAAGUAGCCUAUACAUGUUUUGCUUUGUUUUCUGAUUUUCACUUCAACCUCUCCAUAAUGAUAUCACUGCCAACAACUGACCAAUGACAAAUGCAUUUUUAAAAAUAUCUCUUGAUGUUUUUCAAAGCAAUGUUUCAUUGCUUUGUUAAGAUUAACACCAGCCUAGCAGAUGGGUGGGUCUUCUGUGUUUCUGAGUUGUUUCAAAAAAUGUUUGAGCUGCCAGUACAUAGCACAUCUACACACAAAUGAUCUCGUGCAGGACUAAACUCGGGCCAAAAGCUUAGCCAAAGCCCCAGACAGAUGACUUCAUGGUCCUGCUUGGACAGAUGCUAUAUAAAGUGGCACACAGAGAAAACCAGAAUAUUGAAACAGCAUAGGUUGGUCGAAAUGAGUAUGUUGAGAAAUUCUCAUGCUACUAAAAAUCAAGGUGAUUUUUUUUCUCACCUCUUCUCUUAAGAGAUCUGUGAUUCAUGAGAAAUGAGGUGAUCAAGGAGUCAAAGGCCAGUUGGGUUUUCUGGUAUAUUUGGAUGAUAGUUUUUUAUGUUUCUAAAAAAGAAUGAAAAUUCAAUUUAUUCAGACAGAGAUCAAUUCAACAGCGAGAGCUGAGAGGAGUAGGAUUUUCUGUGAAAAUUCUAUGCUCCUCUAUCCUCCAGUAAGACAUAGAUGGCCCAACCAUGAAUUAAAUAAAAACUUGAAGCAUCAUCUCAGCAAAACUACACCCCUUCUUCUGAGGGUCAUAUAAUACCACCAUUCUUCAAAUCAAAAUAGCUCAGCUUCCAUAAGUCAUCUAGAUAGAGAAAGAUAGCAUUUAGCUGAGUGUGUCAUUUUUUCUUACUGAUUCAUCAACUGAAAAUCAGGUGUACAACUCAUAUGCAGAAAAAAAAAUACUCCAUAGGGCCUUCUACAUAGAACACAUGUGGGUAUUACAUGAGGACAACUUCUAUGAGAAGGAAUAUGCUAGCCAGUGAACAGGUUGUUAGUGAGAGUUUUUCAUGCCAGGAGGAUGUCUUUGGCAUUUCUUUUCCUAAGAAUAUGAAAGGUCUUGGCAGUCAUAACAAGGAAGAAAGAUUCAGAGGCACAGGAAUGAAACAGCUGGGUGAUGAGAAAAGCUGAAAGCAGACUGGUUUCACUCAUCUGCAGGAAGUAUUACUUGAGUUUUCACUCAGGCAAAAAGGAGGAGAGGCUCUGAUCUGGAGAGCUACAGCAAACACUAGAAGGGAACUGAUCACUGGAUCCUAUGGUACACCAUUCACAAACUUCCCAUUUUGAAAAGACUUCACCAAAGUUACAAAACUUGAGAAUCAAGGGCAAACAGUCCUGUCUAAAGGGCUCCCUCAGAAAGUCAUCUUCAUUGAACUGAAUGCUAUGAACUCUUCACCAUCUGCAUUAACAAAGACUUGUCGCCCCCAACCAUAUUUUGUGGCUUCAUCUCGUUCCCUCUAGACUCAGACUCAUAUGUCUUGGGAUUUUCCCUAGCUCACCCUCCACAACUAGCUACCUUUCCCAGAACAGGUGAUGCUUUUCUCAAAACUUCCAGGGUGGAAGAUUUAAUGGUACACAGCAGCACAUAUGUGACCAUAUUGGGAAUUCAUUCUUGCUGGUGGGACUGUGCUAGCGGUGACUGAGAAAGAAUGAAGGGGAAAAUGCAUACCUUCCCUGGGAUAGGAAACUAGGAGGGGUGGGGCAGGACUUGGGGGGAGUCUUCCAGUUGGUCAAGCAUCAUAUCAUCUGUUGCAAAUGCCAGUCUUGUGACUUUGCUGUUUCAUUUUAAUACCAUAGAGUUGUUGAACAAAACCUCCCUUUGGAAUAAAUGGCACCAGACCUAUUCCUUGCCUAAUUUCCUCAGCCUUGACCAACCACCUUCUCCCCCCAUGUCCACUCACACUCAUGUCCUUAACCUCCCUUAACUCAGAGACAUAAACAGUGCCUCUAUUGUCACUAUCACCCCAUUACCAAUUUCCACAUACACCUUCAUUCCAUCCAGUCUCCAUGAUUUCACAGAAAUGCUCCUGUAAAUAUUGCUGUACAGUUUGUCACUGUUAUUAAAACCUGUCAUUGGAGGCCUCACCUGCCUCACCUUCUCACCCUGUGUGAAAGGCAAGGGAAUCUGAAAAGGGCCAACCCUUUAAGGAAAGUUUCAGGGUCAUCUCUGUGUGGGACACUAUGUAUAUUCCUGUAAGAUUGCAUUUUUAUCUAAGGAAUGAUGUUAUUUAAAAAAAACAAAAACAAAAACCACAAAAUUGCAAAUAAAUUUCUUAACAAUGUCUA